GCUUCCCCCAUUGUUCACUGGCUCCAUUGUUGCUCUGCCAUCCCAGCUGCUCGGCCAUGGCCCCCAAGAAAGCCAAGAAGAGGACAGCAGAGGGAGCCAACUCUAAUGUGUUCUCCAUGUUUGAACAGGCCCAGAUUCAGGAGUUUAAAGAGGCCUUCACCAUCAUGGACCAGAACAGAGACGGCUUCAUCGACAAAAARGACCUGAGGGACACUUUCGCUGCUCUGGGACGUCUGAACGUGAAACAGGAAGAGAUCGACGACAUGCUCAAAGAAGCUCCUGGUCCCAUCAACUUCACAGUCUUCCUGACCAUGUUUGGAGAGAAACUCAAAGGUGCUGAUCCAGAGGAGACCAUCCUCAAUGCGUUUAAAGUCUUUGACCCUGAAGGGAAAGGAGUGCUGAAGAAAGACUAUGUGACACAGAUGCUAACAACACAGGCCGACCGAUUCUCAGCUGAAGAGAUGGAGCAGAUGUUUACUGCCUUCCCCCCUGAUGUGGCAGGAAACCUGGACUACAAGAACCUGGUUCAUAUCAUUACUCACGGAGAGGAAAAGGACCAAGAGUGAACUUUAUUUUUUUUAAUCAAGAAAAUCUGCUUCUUGAAAGAGAGCCGUGAACAGAUAACAAAACUGUCCACUCAGCACUUAUGUUGACUUUAUAGUUUUUUGCUCGAUGAGAACACAGCAGGAUCCUGACAAAAUGCGCCUUUUAAGGCCCUAAAAAUGGACAAUUAGGAGCGUCUGUGCAACAAACUCUUUUUGCUCCCUUUAUGUUUUGUUCAUCAGUUAACAUUCGCCAGAGACAAGUUAAAUAUAUUUGCCUCAUCAAUUUGUACACCCAAAAGUACUUUACUCGUGUCUUCUUAGAUUUAUCUAUGUUUAAUAAACCUUUUUGAAGACA